AUGCCUGAUGACCCAAAAACAAAUUGCAAUAAACACCAAAUUUUAAAUGAACUAGCAGGCAAAGCAUGUGAACAAAAUGACUUAUUGAAUGGCAAAAGUGGCUGUCCACGUACUUGUUCUUUUUCUCCCUUGGAAUCCAAAAAACUCGAUACCAUACAACUUACACUUUCAGAGCUGCCGAGAGAAGGAAUUCUCUUCGUCUACCACUAUAUACAAACUCUAUUAUUCAAGGAUUUUACUGAAUUUUUUCCCGAGGAAAUCAUUUUGCGGAUUUUUAGCUGUCUCAGUCAAUAUGACCUUUGCAGAUGCAAAUCCAUGUCCAGAAGAUGGAAAAGGCUACUAGAAGACCCUGCUCUAUGGAAAACGCUGUUCCAACGAAAAGAUUGGCACCUAAAUCCCAAGGUCGCACAAGAAUUCCAAGAAUGGACGCGUACCAAAAAUCAUCCCUUCUCUGAAGAGGAUUUCAUUCGUAUCGAUCAACACUUUCUAGGUCCCCAUGGGACUAUCUUUCACGAUCAACAAUGCGUCUACGAUUCGCAAAACCAUCCUCUGCUCAAUUGGUCUCAUAUUUACAAAGAACGCGCUCGAUUGGAAUCCAAUUGGCGCCAUGGUAAUUUCGUUUUAUGCGAACUGCAAGCCCCAACACGACUGGGAAGGUUCUCUCGUAAUUCAACGGACAGCGUAUAUUGUGUGCAAUAUGAUGACGACUUUGUCGUCAGUGGGUCAAAAGACCGUAUGAUCAGUGUCUGGGACAUUCAUGCUGGUGCCUUGUUGUAUUCUCUUCAUGGUCAUUUGGGCAGUGUCUUAUGUUUGCAAUUUGACCGAGAACGUGACCUCGUCGUCUCUGGCUCUUCCGAUACUUCCAUUUUGGUUUGGAGUUGGCAAAGAAGGUGCCCUAUCAAAUAUUUGACUGGGCAUACAGACAAUGUUUUAGGAGUCAUUGUCGCUGGGAAGUACAUCAUUUCCUGUUCUCGUGAUCAUACAGCUCGCGUAUGGAAGCUGGAUCCUUCACCCGAAGAAAACCCCUGCGUACAUGUCUUGAGAGGACAUCUUGCUUCUGUUAACUCCGUUCAAUACAAUGAAGCCACCGGUGUUAUCGUAACGGCCAGCGGUGAUCGUACUCUAAGGAUGUGGGACAUCCAUAGUGGACAGUGCUUAAAAGUCAUACAUGCGCAUCAGCGAGGAAUUGCCUGUAGUCAGUACAAUGGGCAGUACAUAGUUUCAGGAUCGUCAGAUACCACAGUUCGCAUCUUCGAAGCCGAGUCCGGAAAGCUGCUUCGUAUACUUCAAGGUCAUGAAGAUCUCAUCCGAACUUUACAAUUUGACGAUGAAAAAGUUGUUUCUGGAGGAUACGACGGGACCAUACGGGUAUGGAAUUUUGAAACCGGAGAAUUGUACUGCGUUUUACAUAAUGACCGAAGAUCUCGGGUAUUUGGGUUACAAUGUGAUCACCGGCGUAUUAUAGCCUGUACUCAUAACAGCGAGAUUUUUGUUUGGAGGUUUGAUUAUGGAAUUGACUGUACGUUUUUCUAA